AGAGAGGAAGAGGUGGGGAGAGGCUGGCUCCUCCCCCAUCCCACCUCUUCAUUUAGACUGUGCUCAAAAGAAAUUACCCCCCUAAAGACAGCCUCAGUGAUUUCAGAGGAAGAGGGACAUUGGAGACUGGGCAACAAGAGCCCCCAAGAUGAGGACAGCCAUCCUCCUGAGCCUUCUGUUGCACAUGACAGCUGCUUUUCACCAACUACAUUACCUGGUGGUGAUCCCUGCAGACCUCCGCUACACAUCCACCCAAGUUGCCUGCCUUCAUAUCACCUGUUACGAAGCAAAGCUUCAAGUGAAUCUGGUCCUGGAGUGCUCUGCAGGACAUAAGCUUUUAGUGCAAGAAACCAUCCAGAAGGAGAAGACUUUCAUGUGCACUAAGUUCUGGGUUGCACCUCCAGCUGACGGCACAGAAGAGAUUGCCACUGUCAAACUGAUCAUAACAGGUGAAGGGGUCAGUAUUGAGGAGAACAAAAAGGUCCUGAUUCGCAAGGCCAGCAGCGGCACCUUCAUCCAAACAGACAAGACCAUCUAUCAACCAGGGCAGACAGUGAAAUUUCGCAUUGUGACUCUGGAUGAGGAAUUCAUGGCACUCAACGAUUCGAUUUCCCUGUUUGUCCAGGACCCUAAGAACAACCAGAUAGAGCAAUGGCUGAAUGUGCUUCCCCAAGAUGGCAUUGCAGAUCUGUCUUUCCAGCUAAGUGAUGAGCCUCUGCUAGGGACAUAUAUCAUCAAUGUAACCAGUGCAAAAGCGUGUGGCAGCUUCUCCGUUGAGGACUAUGUGCUGCCAAAAUUUGAAGUGACCUUUGAAGCGCCAAAUCAGAUUUAUGCACUAGAUAAAACCUUCCCACUCCGGGUAUGUGGCAGAUACACCUAUGGGAAACGCAUCCAAGGCAUAGUUCAUGUGAGCCUUUGUCAGAAGAUAGCCCCGUUUCUGCCCAGUGCUUCCAAACCUGAUCUCUGUCAGGAAUUCAGCAAUCAGACAGAUGAGAUGGGUUGCUUCUUCACAAAUGUGACUCUGUCUUCCUUCACUCGAGACUUUCGGUACUAUCAGGACAGCAUAGUUGCAGAGGCCUCGCUGGUGGAGAAUGGCACAGACAUAUAUGUCAAUGCUUCCCACAAAUUACUCAUCUCCAAGAUUGGCGGCACGGCCUUGUUUGCUGAUGUGAAGUCUUACUACCACACUGGAGAGAUGUACAGGGGGAAGAUUAAAGUCAUCGACUACCAAGGCAAGGCAUUGAAGCACAAAAAAGUCCUUCUUCUAGUAAGCUGCAGUGAGCAGCAAUUUAAGCAGGAGUAUAUCACUGGGGACUCUGGGACAGCUUCAUUUAGCCUGAACACGACUGCUUGGAACAGCACCUUGGCCUCCCUGGAGGCAAUUGUCCUGCAUCAAGAUUUGGAUAUAGAGCCUGGGACAGCUGAUUUGAGUUACCAGCGGGCCUCUCAUUUCAUACGUCCUUUCUACAGCACCAGCAGGAGUUUUGUCUCUAUUGUCCGUGUGCCAGAAACGAUGCCCUGUGGUAAAAAGCAGGCUGUCCAGGUGGACUUCAGAAUUUACCAGGAGGACCUGGAACAUGGGCCCAAGCGUGUCAUUUUCUCCUACUUUGUCACAGGGAAAAGAGGGAUAGUCCAUGCAGGUCAGAAGACUGUUUGGGUUGGGCUGCCAAGAAUGCUGAAAGGCUUAUUUUCCAUCCCUCUUACCUUCAGCUUGAUCUCUGCACCAGCUCCAAGGCUUGUAAUUUAUGUUAUCUUCCCUAAUGGAAAAAUCAUCGCUGAUUCUGCCAUCCUCAGUGUUUCCAUGUGUUUCAGAAAUAAGGUGGAGCUGGGCUUCUCAACGCCCGAGACCCUUCCUGAUUCACAGGUUGGUCUCCACAUGCUGGCAGCUCCUGGGUCCACAUGUGCUGUCUGGGCUGUGGAUCAGAGCGCCCUUUUACUGAAGCCAAGAAAAGAGCUCAGCAGCUCCUUGAUCUAUGGACUGUUCCCAUCUGUUUAUAACUCCAGGUAUCCUCGACAAGUGUCUGAAGAUGAUAAUUCAUGCGGGUUCCCAAAUUCUGAUGAACCUGAUGUGUUUACAGCAUUUAGGGAAAUGGGGUUGAAAAUUAUGACCAACACCAAUAUCAGGAAGCCCAGAGUGUGUCCAACCACUUCAUCGACAACCAUGCUGCAAGAAAGAGCAUUGUUUACUUCCAGGCCCAUUUUGUUGUUUGCCCAGCCCCAUAAAGCAUAUAACACAGAGCAUCUGACAGCAUCUAUGUAUCAGCCCACUAUGUUUUCACCUGUUUCUUCAGCUGAAGAGAAAGUACACAAGCAUUUCCCCAAAACCUGGAUAUGGGAUUUGUAUUCUGUGGGUUCCAGUGGAAACAAGAAUAUUACCGUCACUGUGCCUAAUGCCAUCACAGAAUGGAAAGUGGGGAUGUUCUGCACAGGACGUGAUGGCUUUGGACUUGCUCCAACCUCCAGUCUGCUUGUGUUCAAGCCCUUCCUUGUGGAGCUCAGCCUGCCGUCUUCUGUGAUCAAGGGUGAGACCUUCCUCUUGAAGGCCACAGUCUUCAACUACCUGCAGCGAUGCAUGAAGAUCCAAGUGACCCUGGAAGAGUUUGAUCACUUCCAGCUGAAGCCAUGCAAAGGCUGUGUCUACAGCAGCUGCUUAUGUGCUAAGGAAGCUAAGACCUUUCAGUGGAGCAUCACAGCUGAGCAACUGGGGCACAUGAACAUCACCGUCAGCACAGAGGCUGUGGCCACUGAAGAGCUCUGUGGUGAAGAGAUACCAUAUGUCCCAAAUCAAGGACAGAAAGACAUGAUGACCAAACUCCUUCUAGUCCGGCCAGAGGGAGUCUUGGUAGAAAGGGCUCACAGCUCCAUCCUGUGUCCCAAAAAAGGGAAUCCAGCACAGGAGUCUGUGUCCCUGAAGUUGCCUCUAAAUGUGGUUGAAGGUUCAGUCAGAGCCACAAUCUCAGUCACAGGUGACCUCAUGGGGACAGCACUGCAGAACAUGGAUCACUUGGUGCAGAUGCCCCAUGGCUGUGGGGAGCAGAACAUGGUGCUGUUUGCCCCUGUUGUCUAUUUACUGCAGUACCUGAAGAAGACGAGGCAACUGACCCCUGAGAUCAAGGAGAGGGCUACAGGAUUCCUGCGCAAUGGAUACCAGAUACAGCUGCAGUAUCAACACCCUGAUGGUUCCUACAGUGAAUUUGGUACCAAGGAUGAGUAUGGUAAUACUUGGCUGACUGCAUUUGUGGUUAAAUGCUUUGUGCAAGCCAAGCCAUACAUUUUUCUGGACAACAGGACCAUUCAAAUGGCUCUCACCUGGCUGGAGCUCCACCAGCUGCCCAAUGGCUGCUUCAGAAAUGUGGGCCAGCUUUUCCACACAGCCAUGAAGGGAGGUGUGGAUGGGGAAGCCCCCUUGGCUGCCUACAUCACUGCUGCAUACUUGGAGGCAGGAGAGUCACCAGAGCUUCAUUUCACUGAGAGGGCACUGCUGAAACCCGUGACCAGCUCGGAGGGAGUCUGUGAAGCACCCUGCACCAAGGGCUGGAGACACUGCUUACUGAGUACAGUGGUGCGCAAAGCUCUGGACUGUAUCGCUUCUUCCCUUCCUGAAGCUGCCAGCACUUACACACAGGCCCUGCUGGCCUACACCUUUGCCCUGGCUAAGGACUCUCAACGCACACAAGAACUACUUGACAUACUUGAUCGAAAGGCAAUCAGAACAGGUGGGCAGAUCCACUGGAGUCAGACCUCAUCCAAGCCCAGACCCAGUACCAGCACUUGGUCACAGCCACUGUCUCUGGAUGUGGAGUUGACAGCCUAUGUCCUCUUGGCCCUGCUCUCCAAGCCUAAUACCACAGGGUCUGAUCUCACCACAGCCUCGGGCAUUGUGUCCUGGCUCACCAGGCAGCAGAAUGCCUAUGGAGGAUUUGCCUCAACACAGGACACAGUAGUUGCCUUGCAGGCCUUGGCUAAGUAUGCAGCACUGACGUACGACACAGAAGGGGUUGCAGAAGUGAGGGUGAGGUCCCAGAGAGGAUUUGGGAGGAAGUUCCAAGUCUCCUACCAGAACCGGCUAUUGGUGCAGGAGGCAGCACUAACAGAAGUCCCAGGAAAGUUCUUAGUGCAGGCCCAUGGCAGCUGUUGUGUCUUUACCCGGAUGGUGCUGAGGUACAACAUGCCUUCCCCACAGGUCUCCACAUCCUUUGCCUUGCAAGUGAAAACCAAGCCUGUCAAUUGCACUGAGGAUGAUACACACUCUGUUACUGUCUAUGUCAAUGUCAGGUACACUGGGAAGAGAGCCACUUCCGGCAUGGUGAUUGUGGAGGUGUCCCUACUGUCUGGAUUCGUGCUGGCUCCAGGAUCCCAGAUGUCUCUGCAGCAUUGGCACCCUGUGAGAAGAACCGAGAAUACACAAGGAGGUGUUGCCAUCUACUUGGACAAAUUGAGCCAUGAGUCUGAGACAUAUGUCCUGCAUCUAGAGCGGGAGAUUGGGGUGACCAACCUGAAGCCAGGCCAUGUCAGGGUCUAUGACUACUACCAUCCAGAUCUCUCCUGUUGUGUUGCAGAGGAGCAGGCCCUGGCUGAUUAUAAUGUCUUCUGCAUCUGAGGACUUGGUCUGCUCCCUUACUGUCCACUGUUUCAAGCCACAGGGAUCCCACUAGUGCGAGAUGCCCUAGGACAGCAGGGCCACUGCAUUAUUGCUUCUGGUUUGAUGGGAUGUGCGUCACCUGGAAAGUCACAUCUCAGGAGGCUGGGGCAAACCUCAAGUUAGAUUUGAAGACCAAACCCAGCCCAAGCCAUCCUGUUGAUCCUGACAGCCAUUUCCUGGUGAAUUCUUUGGGGUGUCUGAUUAAUUCUGAUUGUAUUAAGCCAUGGAUUUUCUUGAUUGUAAAAAGAAUUACAAGAAAAUAUAAAUCACAAAUCUGA